AUGGCAUCAAAAAAGCCUUUCCAAUUCAACAACACCUUUUCAACUCUCAGCAAUGAAGGAUCUACUUUUAUAGAAAGCACCCAGCAAUUUUCAUCAGUUUUAGACGAUCGUGAAAGUUUUGACGAAGAAAAUCAAUCUCACUCAUCAUUCAGUAAUACAGAUCAUUCAAAAUCCCUUUCCUAUAAAAAAAUUCUAUCUGGAACUUUAACUCGAGUCAAUACUUGCAUAGAAAAAAAGAAAAACUGGUUAGAAGAAGAAAAACGAAAAAAAUUCCUUGAAGAGGUCUCAAAUCUCCAAGACAAGCCAAAAAUAAACAGUUAUAGCAAAAAAUUAUUAAAUUCUACAUCCCCAAUCCAUGAAAGAGUUAAUGAUAUUAUGAGAAGAAAAAGAGAUAAAAUUAAAAACAUACAAUUAGAGCUCCAGCUGAAAAAAAGAACAGAAGAAAAACAAGCAUGCACUUUUAAUCCCAAAAGUGCAAAUACCUCUCCUCGACGUACAGCUGAACAAUUUAUCCAACAAGUCGGGAUUUGGCACAACAAAAAACUUCAAAAUCUUAAAAAAGACCAAACUGAAACUGAGAAAACCAAAGAACUGGAAUUUACAAAAAAUCCUUUAAUCAAUAAAAAAUCGCAAAUAUUAGCACAAAAGGUAUUUUCUAAAUAGAGAUCUAAAACACCUGUUUUUGAUAGGCUAUACACGAGCAAGAAAAGUACUUCUAAAUCACCAUCUCCAUCAUUUACACCGAGAACAUAUGAGAAGUCUUUGGAACUUUCUCAAAAGCUAAACUUAUCAGGUGUUUUUGAAAGACUUUACCCUGAUUCAAAAUCUAAUACAUUGAAAAUUUUAAUAAAUAGCAAUUCACGAACUCCUACUCAUGAAAAAUCAACAAAAAUGCUCAGAGAUAAGUCAAGAGAGAAAAUGGCUCCAUACAAAAUUAACACAGGAAAAGGAGCCAUCCUAGAAAAUUCUGUAAAUGAGGUAAAGUUUGAAAAUACUAUGAGAUUUCUACUGAGCAGUUUAAAGCAGUAA